GUGCAGUGGGGGGUGGGGUUGGGUUCAAGGGCAAAGGCGCAGUCAAUGUGAAAGUGAAAGGAACUGAGAGAGAGAGAGAGAGAGAGGAGGAGGAGGAGAGGGGGAGAAGCACAUCUCCACAACCACAGCCCAGAUCCCCAGACAGUCAAUGGGGGGAAUGAGCCCUAAUCUGCUGCUGGUGCUGCUGGUGGUGACUUGGCCGCCGCUGUCAGUGGAAGAUGUCCUCAAUGUGCUGAUGGAUUCAGGACCUGUGAGGGUCGCUGUAAACAAGGAUACUUUACUGAAAUGUCAGGUACCUGGCUAUGAAUCGAGAACCAUUGACCUUGCAAGUGUUAGUGUUGAAUGGUACUUCUCAAAGCCUCCUGAUGUCACCAGGAAACUGGUAUACAAAUUUGUAAACAGUGCACACACACCUCAUCGAAAGGGAGCAAAGAUAUCCGAUGAUAAAUUGAAGAAAGGCAUUGCUUCCCUGUUUCUGUUGAGUGUGGGAUUCCAGGAUGAAGGACAGUAUGAAUGUGUUGUGUUUAUCACACCUGAUUCUGGAAGGGGAAACGCGGAAAUGUUUGUUUCAGCUGAACCAAAGGUGAGUGUAGAUCAAUCUAGUAUCAUAAUCGAGAACGGCACAGAGAAGUCAAUCAUGUGCAACAUCAACCGCUACUAUCCUUUAAAAAUUGAUGUGAAGUGGAUUCACAACAGCGGGGAUGGAAAACAAGAGGUUUUAAAGUCGGUCUGCAGAAAAUCCCCAGUGAAAAACGAAGAUGGAACUUUCAACCUGUCCAGCCGCCUGACCCUCCGACCAGAUCUUACAGACAGCGGCAAAACCUACACAUGCCUUGUAAACCAUAGGACACUCGUUGGUGGUUUGAGCAAGGACGUUCUCCUGACUGUCAAAGAGAAAGAUAUUGUUAUACCAGUAGGACGAAUAGUGACGAGCGUGUUCAUUACUGUCUUGCUAUGUGCACUAAUCCUGGGAGGAGCAUUUUAUGCUUACCUUAGAAUCAAAAAAGUUCCUCCAAAAGUUACAAAUAUCACCAAGCCAGCUCACUUUCUACAUCAUCAAGAAGCUUUCUUGGACUGUGAGAUUUCUGGAUACAGACCGGACGGUAUUAAUAUUGAAUGGCUACUACAAAGAAGGGAAUCGAAUACAGUCACAAUAUACAAGUGGUCUGACAAAGAGUCCACAGAGGAUGUCAAGAGUUUACUUCUUUCUGACAGUGAGACCUUAGAUCAGACUUUCAAUAUUGUAUCAUCUAUUGAACAACAUAGUGAUGGGACUUCCAGUGUCACGUGUCAUGUUAAAUUGCUGCUUGAUAUUUUUAAGGAUGACAAGGCUAUUCUCACGCUUCACGUACGUCAUGACAGCACAGAAAGCUUUUUUUCUGAAAGUGUCACUCUGAAUGUGGAAGGAGUCCCACCGAUGUUGACUGACAUUGUGAUGCCGCCUCGUGUCAUCCACCAAGAAGUCCUGGCUCUGACUUGCCCAAUUAAUGGAUUCAAGCCAAGGCCACUGGCUAUCUCCUGGUACAAAAGACAUAACAACGAGGAAGUGGAAAUUGUGAAGGUUGAACCAGGGAAACUGAGUGAGACGGUUGGAAAUGAAAUAGAGAGGCCCAAAUAUGUCCACAAUUUGAAUGAGUUGAGAUAUGAAGACGGUACUUACAGUAUCACUAGUAUUUUAAAGUUUAUUCCAACCAUAAUUGAAGACAACAAUUCACAGUACAUUUGCAAAAUAACACAUCCAGCAACAAGUAUAACAAGAACCAAAGAAGUCAGCCUAACUGUUAAAGCUUUGCCGAACUUUGAUGACAUUAUACUGCAUCCAAAGUCCCCCAUUGCGGACGAAAUCUUGAUCGCCACCUGCAGAGUACAUUCCUUUUUUCCAAGAAAUAUUAUAAUUGUUUGGAGAAAGGAUGACGAAAUCUUGGCUGAAAUGAUCCCUGACGCAGAGGUAACCAGCGGGAAAGAUAACUUGUUUUACUUUAAGAGCCGUCUGGAAUUCGUUGUGGUCAGAGAAGAUUUCGGAAAGCACCUGUAUUGUGAAAUGCGUUCUGAUAGUCCUGGAGAGUGUAGAAGAGCUGAGUGUUCGCUCAUUCCAAUGGUGGCAUCUCCAAUAAUAGAAUACCUAAAAUCAGAGCCACCUUUCCAGAGCCAGGCAAAGAAGCAACCAUCCAAAUCCGAGUGCAUAAGUAUUUUCCAAAGGAUGUUGUCUUCUUGUGGUUCAAAAAUAAUGAGCGAGUGGAGGAGGCUAACAUCCAAUCCAUUGAGCCUCAGGGAAAUAUAGAGACUGGUCUUUACUACCGCGAGUCCACGUGGAAAUUGUUUAUAAAUCCAGAAGACCAUGGAGCUGAGAUUAAGAUUGAAGUUCUACAUUUUCCAACAUCGCACACUCCUAUAAAAGCCUUCCUCACCCUGCACCUUGGAGGAAUUCCGAAAAUUUCAGACAUCGAGUUUGAUUCAAACGAGCCGUCCUAUGGACAACCUCUGGUCAUUAGGUGUUGUGUGACUAAUUUUUCUCCAAAAGAAAUCGUAACCACUUGGUUACAAGGUAAAACGACCAUCUCCGAAGGAGUAAGAAAUAUAGGGCCUGAGAAGGAUGAAAAUGGAUAUUUCCAGCUGACUUCCUUCUUAACGAUGACACCAACCGCUUUGGAUCACAAUACAACAGUUUCCUUUUUAGUCAAACAUAAAGCUUUGCAAGAACCUAUUCAAAGAGACAUUCUCCUUCUCCUUCCAGCUUCUGCUCCCACCGUGUCCGAAAUGCAAUGCAAUCCAACAAUUCCAGAGGUAAACAAGCAAACGACUUUCAGUGUUUCACUGAGUGACUACGCUCCUGAAGAAAUUGAAGUGAAGUGGUUCAAAGGGAAAGUGCCCUACACAGGCCCAGUGACAAACACCAAGGCGCAGAUUGCAGAGAAUGGACUCUUUGCUUCAGUUACAAAAAUCGAAUUUGCCCCCGAUCCUUCUGAUCAGAACACUGAUCUCAGAUGCGAGGUUACUCAUCCUGAAUCCACAGCAGUGAAGGAGAUAAAGUACCAAAUUUCCAGUUGAGGAAUGAUUGGAGAUAUAAUCCAAUCUGCAUUUUCCAUCCUGUCGCUGAAGCAAACGGAACUUAGUCCGUCGGAACAAAAGAAGACGUUUCUAAAGAGAAGAGCGAAACGUUUUUAAAUACAAUAUACAACACUGUGAGCUGUAUAGUGGUCAACUAAGAUGAUAUUUCAAUCAGAACAAUGCUAUUAGUCACUACAAGAUUGUGCCUGAACUUUCUCAAAUACCUACACAGAAUGAAAUUUGCUUUCGAUAAAGCGGUUGUGUAUUUUGCAAUAGAAUCAUGUACAUAGAGGCAAAAGGAUAUUAUACUAGAAUUUGUAAUUAAUAUAGAUAGUUGUCUACUGUUUUUAUACUGUACAUGCUGUUUGAUAUAUCAUGUUUGUUGCUACACAGGAUAAUGAGAAGAAGACUCUUGAGCCCAUUUGAUCUCAUCCUACCACCCUACUGUCUUUCCAUCACGGCAUCAGGCUGUGUUUUUAAAUGUCCUGGCCUCAACCACCCUUCCUAGUAACCUGUUUCA